GAUCACUGGUUUUGUGUUCGCGAUGGCGUACCUUUGGUGUGGCAUUGAUGUGAGUCGCGGGGCCAUUUUGACGACCAACUGUAUCCCGUUCGAUGAGGAUUACAAUUUCAAGGAAGAUAAGUUCGAUGGCACAUGGUACGAAGUCCGUCGAUUAAACGAUCCUCAGGACGUUCUACACGAGGACUGUGUGGUCACAAACUACCAGAUAGGCGACGAAGGCAGCUUCGAGAUACAGCAAUCGUACCAGAUUGGUGAUGAAUCUGAACCGAUCUACCGCGCGGGACGAGCAGAACCAAAAGUUUUCCAUAAUGGGCGAGUGUCCAUGUUCCUUCAACGCUUCAACACAACCGCUUCCGCCGAUCCGGACACCACGAUCGACAUUGUUGCCACGGAUUACACGAACUACGCGAUCAUCUACUCGUGCACCUCGAUUAACACUACCUAUCACGACGAAUCAGCCUGGGUGCUGUCGCGACAGCCGGCACUGGCGAAGAACGUGGUCGAGCUGGUAAACGUGUUCCUGGAGACGCGAUUCAAGCGGGAAGAUCACAAAUGGCGUGCCAUUAAGCAAACGGCCGACUUCUGCAAACCUUCACGCGUGGAAAAGCUAAACAGCCACUUGGGCGGAAGUCAACCGUUGGGUGCCACAGGACUCCUUCCAUCGAUUGUGCUACUGCUGCUGGCCAGGCUGUUCCACUGAUAUUCGAACUAGCGCCUGCUUCCCACCCUAGUCAUUUGCGUCAUUCGUUCUUGUCCUGUUUGGUUUUGGGUUAGUUAGUA